AUGUCGCUUGAAGACCUUCUUCGCUCGUUCGCCUCGGCGUCGCCGUUGCACAUCGCUCUUGCCCUCUUAUUCAUCCUCAUUGCCAGGUCGUUCACGGCGUCCAAGGACGUUGGAUCGAAACCCACGAGGGAUGAAUCAGACUCUGAGGAGGAAGACUUCCCAGCGCCGCAACCCGCGGGGGACCUCACGAAGCGCGAGCUCGCGACGUUCGACGGUAAAGAUCCAACGAAACCGAUCUUACUCGCCGCCAAGGGGGUCAUCUACGACGUCACGCGAGGACGAGACUUUUACGGCGCCGGGGCGUCCUACAACGCUUUCGCUGGGAAAGAUUGCUCGCGCGCUCUGGGCAAGGUGAGCCUGGACGCGGAGAAUCUGAGCGCGAACGUGCGCGAUUUCGCGGCGAGCGAGCGGGACACCCUGAACGGAUGGGUUGCGAAGUUUCAGGAUAAGUAUCCCGUGGUCGGUAAGGUGAAGGAUGGGGAUUACAAUGGUACGUUUUAG